AUUCAAAACUGAUCAUUCUGUGAACUAAGAAGGUUUCUUUAUUUGUGAAAGGCUCCAUGAAAAGACUUUUUUUUCCUGCCCUGGAUUGGAUUUCAGUCACUUCCCCUCCUGCAAAAAGAAAACAAAGUCCUGAACGCUUGUUGCGGCCAUGAAGCCAUGUUUUUUUCCUCUUCUUCUUCUUCUUCUUUUUUCCACACUCAGCAAUGUGCAGCUGAAGCAGACACCAGUGACUAUCAACAGAGCUGAGAUGAAUGUAAACCUGGAGGAUGCAGGACCUCAUCUCAUGCUCCUGAUGACCAUAUAAAGCUAGACUUGUCUUGAAUGGUCACAAACACAGUAGACUUGCCAAAAAUGCAUUCACAUCCACCCAGACACACAGACACACACACACACACACACACAGAGGCUCACUCAUACACAGUCACACUGUCUCUCAAAAGUGGUCACACACACCGUGUGAGUUUAAUUGCUUGCCUCUGGAGAAAAAUCCCCUUGUCCUGGCUGUUACACUGUGUUUUGUCCACGUAGGAAACAUUAACCUCUUCCUGCAUUAACUGGUCACUCUUACAAGCUGCCCUCUGACUCUGUUGGGCCUGCUGUCAGUCAUCACUGUCAGGGGCUGAGGUUAGUCAGUCAGGACAACAUACGCUAUAUUGCUGAUAAUGAUGUUUUUAAGGUUGGUUUGUAACACUUCCCUGGCUGGUAAGUAUUUUAUUUGUUUUUCAUCCUGCCGAUGUUGUCUUGGCUUUGCACAUCCAGUUAGCCACCCAGGAGAGUGGAGGAGAGGUCCCUGCCCCCACACCACAUUAUAAACUCCUACCUAACAAGAACAAUCUGUGUGCAGGCUGGAGAGUUCAGACACUCUGAGACUGAAGGGGGAGGAGAACAGCGGAGAGAAGCAGAAGGAGGGAUUUGUCCUUAUGCUUAACGACAUCACUUUUCUUGUUUUUUGCACUAUCCAGACAAACCUCCAGCCUGAAAUCUGAAACGGCAGAAGUGGUGAGGCUCACUGAGCAUUUGCCGCUCUUUGCACUCUUUGUGUUCUCUGUGUUAACUUUUUUCCAGCCUGGUUUCACUCAUCCUCCAACGGAGCGACUCAGCGAAUCCAGCAGAGACACUUCUUCUGCCACAGUGGAUGAUCCCGAGGGGAAACGAUGCUCCCAAUGGCCGUUCAUCUGAUUGGUCUGUGUGCUGUGUUUUGCAUCACCAGCAGCUUGGCCACGCCGCUGCCUUUUUACAGUUCACUAGAGGGAAGCACAGACGAGGAAGAACUCAUUAGUAUGACUUCCCUUGUACCCACCAGCAACUUUUCUUCUGAAUAUGAAACCACACCUGUUGGCCCCACAUAUGUGGAAAGUGAUGUUCUGAGUCAAGUUGUGAACUUUCUGGAAGAAAAUAUGCUCCUUAUCCUUGUUGCAGGCUCUUUCAUCCUUCUUGUCUUUCUCAUUAUCUGUGGGGCAAUUUUCAUGAGCCGCAGGCGCAAAGUCAAUGCCUACUACCCUUCUUCCUUCCCCUCAAAAAUGUAUGUGGACCACAGGGACAAAACUGGAGGCGCAAAACCCUUUAAUGAAAUGCAAGAAAAGUCCACUCCUGAGCAGCAAAGUGAGUCAGUGGACUCUCACAAGCAGCUCCAGGCAGACAUAAUGAGGGCUGCCAAGAGCCUGCGCACGCCAAAUAAAUCUGGUGAUGCUGCAGAGGGAAGUGGCCUCUGUCAGAAAGCAGCAGAACACAGUCCUGAGGACAGCUCUAAACCAGAUGGCAGCAUCCUGGACCUGCAGCAAACAAGUCCCCCAGAGGAAAAGGGGCUGAGUGAGCUUUCUAACAGUGAAACAGCUGCAGCGGCAGGCAGCCCUGAGCUGAAUCCUCCGGAGCAGCCUCAUCCUGAUGAAGACGAUUCACAGGAGCCUCUGACUGGAGGGAGUCUGCGGCCCUCCUCCCUGCAUAUUCACAACGACUCUGCUACACUUCAGCUGAUAGCAGGAGAGAAAACAGCCUUCUAACUAUUCUGAACGCCAUGAUCUGAGUAACUUUUUAAAAUAUUUAUCCAGUAAACUUGGACUAAAAAUGAUGACUCCAAGAGAAAUGUGGAAAACUUGCCAAAUUCCGGUCACAGUUGUAGCAAUGUUAAACGCAGGGAAGGUAAAGGUAGCCGUCUGUUGCUUUCCUAUGAAUGGGUAUAUUAUUCACGCCAUAUUAUAAACAUGUCUUGUGGUAUGACGUUAACAUCGGGGACAAAACCUAUUUCUUUACAUCCUGUUAUUUCUGUGUUGUUUAUGGAUAUUUUGCUUGGUGUGUUUGUCAAAUUCUGGGUUGCUUCAGUAAACAUUGUACUGUAUGGUCCCAAACUGUACUCCUGUAAGGUUUAAGGUCUAUCAAGUAUAGAAAACCACUUCCUGACAACAGUUUCGGUUUACAUGCAAAGUAAAAUGAGGAUUAUCCACAGACUUCUUCAGUUACUGAUUUCAAGGUGUUAUAGCAAGAAAUGCACCAGUAUAAUCAAUAGCAUUUAUAACUGCAUUUCAUUUAGGUGAACCACAUGAUUCUGUGCAU